AUGCCUCACAGCACGCCAGUCCACCCCAUCACUGUUUUCGCUUCGUCAAGAGCAGUGGUUGCUGGAAGACUAACGGAGGCCACCAUUGUGGUAUCUAAUAUUACCGGCAAAAUCACAUCCCUAUUCCAUUCCGUUCUUCCACCAACAGACUUCCCCGAGGGCACUUCGUAUACUGACUACUCACCACACAUCCUUCUUCCCGGUCUGGUGGAUGCUCAUGUACAUCUCAAUGAGCCCGGCCGGACAGAAUGGGAAGGCUUUUGGACUGGUACUCGCGCUGCGGCUUUUGGUGGUGUGACCACUGUCGUUGAUAUGCCCCUCAACGCUAUCCCGCCUACGACUACGGUCGAGAAUCUGCACAUCAAGAUAGAAGCUGCCAAAGGCAAGUGUUGGGUUGACGUCGGCUUCUACGGUGGAGUGAUCCCAGGCAAUGCUAGCGAGCUUCAGGGUCUUGUAAAGGAAGGUGUCAGAGGGUUCAAGGGCUUUUUGAUUGACAGUGGCGUCGACGAAUUCCCAGCUGUUAAGCCCAACGACAUCGAGCUGGCCCUCAAGGAACUCAAGGACUCCGCCACAACGCUUAUGUUCCACGCCGAGAUGAUCCCUCCGAUCACUGACUCAGUAGGCGACGAUGUUCAGCGCGCGCACCCACCUGUUGCGCCAAGCGGUCCUCUUACCCACUACUCAACCUUCCUCGAUUCCCGUCCCCCUUCUUUCGAAACCUAUGCCAUCGCAGAGAUCCUCUCCCUAUCCCACCUAGCCCCGGAACUCCAACUCCACAUCGUUCACCUCUCCGCCAUUGAAGCCAUUCCGAUGCUCCGCGAAGCCCGCGCAAAGGGAAUCAAAAUCACCGCGGAGACCUGCUUCCACUAUCUGACCCUCGCAGCCGAGAACAUUCAAGCUGGCGACACGCGCCACAAAUGCUGCCCACCUAUCCGCGAACAAUCCAACCAAGACGGUCUAUGGAAUGAGCUCCUACAAGACCUCAACGGCGGGGUUAUCCAAACUGUCGUAUCCGACCAUUCGCCCUGCACACCCGACAUCAAGCUUCUACCCGCCCACCUCGCACCCAAGAAGCAGAGCACGCGCAAGCCAGGCCAUGAAAAAGAUUGCAACAGCUGUUCUUCCUCGGAAGGCGAGGAAGAGCUCGCCGAGGAGAAGGGUGACUUCUUCAGCGCCUGGGGCGGCAUUUCCUCUGUCGGGCUUGGCCUACCAAUUCUCUGGACAGAAGGCACACGCCGCGAUGCGAACUUCAGCGUGGAAGAAAUUGUGCGCUGGUGCUGCAAGAACACGGCCAAGCAGGUUGGACUGGAGCACAGCAAGGGCGAUUUGGGAGUCGGCUUUGACGCGGAUAUCGUGGUGUUCGAUGAGACGGCCGAAUUCUGCGUGGAGCCGAGCACAAUGCUGUUCCGGAACAAGGUCUCGCCGUACCAGGACAAGACGCUCAAGGGUGUUGUAAGGGAGACGUGGUUGAGGGGGGAGCGGGUGUUCACCAGGGAAGAGGGCUUCGUGGAGAAGGCUGGGCCAAAGGGGAAGCUGUUGCUCGAGCCGAGGAACGCGGUGCAAUGA